GUUAGAUAUGAUAACGAUACAAUAUUAAUGAUAAGGGUCGGCGAGGCAUCGAUCAGUCGAUACCAGCACGGUCCCUUCGCGACUCUACCAACGUGUUCGCAUAAUAUUAUCAACUAUGCAUCAUAUAAUCACGUUUCGUUAAGUACAUGAUAUAAACUGAGAUUUGAGACAAUAAAUUUCGAAAUCAUUAAUCUGUUUAAAGGUGAAAGUGUGUAAAGUGUAUAAUGAGAAUGAUGGCCGAAGGAGAUAUGGGAUAUGGGGAAUAUUAUAACUAUGACAAUAACUGGUCCAUCAUACCACCGGACUAUGGCGCUGACCUCGGUUACCAAUUUCGGCAGCAGCAACCCGAGGAUGACUUUAGAUAUAAUUCUUAUGCAUUAUUGGACAGUAUGAAGAUGCCCGGUCAGAGGCCAGGCUUCCAGAUCUCCGAUAUCCUUGGACUCAAUGAAGGCAAAGGUCUAGAAAACAACACCACCCAGGGAGGGCUUGGUUGCCCUUUGGAUCUACCAUCCUAUGCACCUCCUCAUCAUCCAUAUUCACAUGAGCUUUUGAGGCAUCACCAGCCGUGGCUGUCUAUGGAUCAUCACGAGAACAACGGUACUUUAGGCCAGCAAGCAAGUCCCGAUAGUACAUCUCGUGCUUCGGAAUUAUCGUAUGUCGGUCCGUCGGCAACAUCGCCACACCUCGCAGAGCCGCGCUCCGACCACGACCAUGAGCACGAUGAUCACGACAUCGAACAAGACGAGGAAAAUGACCACGACCACCUCAAUGCCUCAAACGAUCCCAAUUUAACACAUAAAAAACGAAAACGCCGCGUUCUCUUCUCUAAAGCACAAACGUACGAACUAGAGAGAAGAUUUCGCCAGCAGAGAUACUUAUCUGCCCCCGAAAGAGAGCAUCUGGCCAGCUUGAUUCGAUUGACGCCAACGCAAGUGAAGAUUUGGUUCCAAAAUCACAGGUACAAGACGAAACGUGCUGUUCAAGAAAAAGGCGCACAUGAUUUGAACGUCGGUGGAUUGAAUUCUCCUCGACGCGUCGCCGUACCGGUUUUAGUGAAGGAUGGUAGACCUUGCGUCGGUAAGCCGGACGGAUUACCUCCCCUAGGUAUGGCUUUACCUCCCUACCAUCAAUCCAUGCAUCACCAACAAGUAGCGGGCCAUCCGCCUCAGUCGAGCGGCUGCUGGUGGUGAAGACCACCGACCAAACACCAUGGCUGACUAGUCAAUAUAGUAUAGCUGUAUAUUUGUUGAAUUCAUUAAUUCGCUAAUUUAGUGUCAACUUGGUUGAAAUGUGUUAUCAUACAAUUUUUGACAUCGUCAAUAAAGGGGUUCACGCAUUCCAUUAAUAAUUUAGCGAUAAGCGAGGAUCAAAAUUUCUAAAGGUAUCUUAAUUCUAUAUUCUGUCAUGUAGUGUGAGCAUUUAUGUAAAAUUGUGCAAAGUGGAAUUCAAAAACAACACCUCGAAUAUUUUAUAGUAGCUAUUGGAAUUUAAGGUAUAAGGAGUUCCUAAUUAUUUGUAUUAUAUUUUUAGAAAAUCGAACCUAAAGUGAGGGGAGGUGGUUUAAAUUUUAUUUAAGUGUCUAAUAAUAUUGAAUGGACAUAUAAUUGAUUUCUUAGUGAUAAAAAUACAUUCCAACUCAUCUGAUAUACUUAAUUAUAUUGAAACAUUAUCUACGUAAAAAGGGUUAUUUCCUUAGAUUAAUUGUAGGAAAUGACAAUAUUUUAUCGAGAAUGCAAUAUUUAGUUGUAAGUUCCAGUAUUAUCAUAGUCGAAUAAUAUGCUUAGUCAAUAAUUAUUUAUGUAUAUUCCAAAUGUUUUAUAUUAAAUACGUUUUCGGUAGAUUUAGUGAGAGAUAGAGAAGAUAAUUGUACAUUGUGUAAAUAGAGGUUUGAGUGAUCAGUUACCUGCCUAUUGAAAAAAAUGUUCACUUGUUACAUUAUUUACAUUUUAAUAUAUAAAUUAUAAGUGACUGUAUUAGAGCGUCUAUGUUAACUUUUAAUAUAUAAAAAAAUCAGUAAAAGUUAGCUUUCUUUUCACGACUGAACUAAAGACAUAGAUACGAUUAAAUAUUAAUUUCGGAUUAUGGCAAAAAAUUGACACCUAAAACAAAGUAAAACCUAAAAUUCUUUCAUUUUCAUUUAUAUAGUGCAGUAGGCUGUAUAAAACGUGUUAUAUUUAAAUUAUAAUCAGAUUAUUAAACUGAUUUAAAUCAACAAA